UCCCGAGGUCACGUGACCAAGGAGGUCCACACAGCAGUGGUCCGCUCCUCAAGAAAGAAACUCCUCUGACCUCCUCUUCAGCUCCCACCAGCUUUCUCGCCUCCUUUUGUUUUCGGAAAACAGACAAACAUAACUCACAGUUUGUCUUUUGCAGCGACGACGCAUUUAGUCCACAUCCCGAAUAAGGAGAUAACGGGGAACUGGAGGUGUUCCAUUAACCAGGAUUGCAUCAGGAUGUUUCCCUUCUGACAGCGACUAUAACAGAGAGGAUGAUCUCACCUGAGUGUUACAUUUAGCCUUUCUGCUCUGCAUUUGUGAAUCCCUCAGCAGCUGUGUGUGAAAGAAGGCACAGACCAACAAUGUUCAGAUCAUCUGAGGCAAGCAGACGACGUACUAAUGGCCAGGCACUGGGCCGUGUCAGAGGGGUGGAGGUAGCUCGAGGGAGGACAGGUUAUGGUUUCACUCUCUCUGGUCACUCGCCCUGUGUGCUGAGCUGUGUCCUUAAAGGCAGUCCGGCCGACUAUGUCGGCCUACGUGCCGGAGACCAAAUUCUUGCUGUGAAUGACAUCAAUGUUGCAAAGGCAUCCCAUGAGGAUGUAGUCAAGCUGAUUGGACGCUGCUCUGGCGUGCUUCACCUGCUCAUUGCUGAAAGCGGACAGCUGGACUCCUGCUCCAGUGAUGAGGAGCUCGGAUUCCACGAGCACAAAAGCCACUGGCUCCGACCUAAGAUGGACUCCAAGACUUUGGGAAUAAACCGUGCUGAGCGUGUGGUGGCCGAGAUGCAGUCUGGUGGAAUCUUCAAUAUGAUCUUUGAGAACUCCUCCAGCCACUCCUCCAGCAGCUCGGAGAAAGCAGCUGCAAAACGGAGACCUAACUCUGAGCUGGAUUUCCUGUGUGGAGACCUCGAGGCACACAGGAGCGAUGUGAACCUCCUCUCAGAACAGGAAAUGGCCAGAGUGCUGCAUGAUGACUCUGUGUUCGUGGAUGUGUUUGAACCCGAGCGGCAGGAAGCUGACUCAGCAGGUAUCCUUAAUGUAGGCAUGAUUGUAGGCUACUUGGGUUCCAUUGAGCUGGCAUCGAGCGGUGCCAACCUGGAGAACGACAGUGUGCAGGCAAUACGUGGCUGCAUGCGCCGCCUGAGAGCCGAGCACAAGGUGCACUCACUGGUGCUGUUUGAGGUGCUUCACGACCGCGUACUCCUACGCAAUGAACGCAAAGCUGUCCUGGCUGCCUACCCAGCCGAGAAGCUGGCAUUCAGCGCUGUGUGCCCAGACGACCGCCGUUUCUUUGGCCUGGUUACUAUGCAGGCUGCUGAGGAUCAUGGCAUGAGUGCAAUUGCAGAUGAAGACCAAGGUUCAAGAACCUCCUGCCAUGUCUUCCUUGUUGAUCCUGAGCUCUGUCACCACAAGGUACAUCAAGGGAUCUCUCGGCGAUUCGGUUUAAACUGCACUCCGGAUCCGGAUACUGGGGGCUGUUUGGAAUUCCCACCGACAUCUCAGCCCCUGCUGCAGUUUGUAUCAGUUCUCUACCGUGACAUGGGCGAGUCUAUCGAAGGCGUACGAGCACGAGCAUUUCUUGAUGGUGACCUGGACGCUCAGCAGAACAAUAGCACCAGCAGCAAUAGUGACAGCGGAAUAGGCAACUUCCUGCCUGAAGAAAAAAACAACCGCGUCCUCUUGGUCGACCUCGGAGCCAAUCCUGCCCGCCAUGUACCCACAGGAAUAUGGGAAAGUGCACAGGGCUGUAGGAACCCUAGCAUUCAGGCUGGUCUCCCUUCUCCAUCUCCUCCUCCUGCUCCUCCUCCUCCUACUAUAACUCACCGUAACGGCUACAGGCAUGAGUUCUCCGAGCCACACCCACACUCCCACGCAGACCCGCCCCCUAUGUCCAGCAGACACCUGAGCUCCUCCUCUCGGCUGGACGUAUCCGGACUUCCCGCACGCCACCAUUUCCCUGCUCACUCUAAGAAGGGUGCAGGGGGCCAACGCUGGCUCCCUGUUCAUGUCCUGAGAGAGUGGCAUCAGGGCCGCAGCAGCGAUCAGGAGUCCUACAGUGAGUCCACAGACGGCUGGUCCAGUGCUAACUGCAGCACCCUGCCGCCUCCCAUGAGUAAGAUACCGGCUGAUCGGUAUCGCGCGGCACGAGACAUUGCCUCCCAGCCCCAACGGCUUCAUACCCACAAGGACGAGUGGGCCAACAAGCUGUUUGGGACGGAGAAACACUUUUACGAUCCUCAACAGCUUCAACAGCAGCACAAUGGCAAGAGGGCUAAGGAGUUGGAGAAAAAGGGCGGAAGGUUCCGGGGCGUCACUACUGGUUUUCCCCAGCGUUCAUCUGGGAGAAGAUCGUUCGGCCGCUCCAAACGCCUCAGCGUGUCUCACUCACUGGAUGACCUGGAGUCAGCAGCUGUCUCUGAUGGCGAGCUGAACAGUGCAGAUCUAAAGGGCUGUGGCAGUGACAACAGCCUGAACAGCAAUGCCAGUCUACCCAGCGUGCAGUGCCACAGACGGCACCCGGAGCGGCGCGUUGCAGCAUGGGCCGUCUGCUUCGAGCGUCUGCUGCAGGACCCUGUCGGCAUCCGUUACUUCUCAGAGUUUCUGAAGAAGGAGUUCAGUGAGGAGAAUAUCCUGUUCUGGCAAGCAUGUGAAAUUUUCAGCCAUGUUCCAGAAACGGACAAGAAGCAGUUAUCCCAGAAGGCGAGAGAGAUCUACAACAGCUUCCUGUCCAGUAAGGCCACCACACCAGUCAAUAUCGACAGUCAGGCGCAGCUGGCCGACGACAUCCUCAAUGCUCCACGGCCUAACAUGUUCAAGGAGCAGCAGCUGCAAAUCUUUAAUCUGAUGAAGUUUGACAGUUACACACGCUUCCUGAAGUCCUUCCUGUAUCAGGAGUGUAUGUUGGCUGAGGUGGAGGGCCGUCCUCUACCGGACCCACACCACAUCCCCAGCAGUCCCACGUCCAAACAUAGCACCGGCUCAGAGCGCUCCAACCUCUCCACACCUAAGAAGGAGGAGAAGAAGAGCAAAUCCGUGAAGGUGCUCAACGAGGAGGGUAAAGAUGAACACGGUGAAAAAAAAAAAGGAAGUUUAUUUCCCUGGCCCAGGAACCGAAGUUUUGGGAAAGGACACAAAAAGAAGGAUCUUGGAGAUUACAGCUUUUCAGGAAAUGAUGGGCGCAGAGAGUCACAGGGUUCUUUAUCUUCUGGCGCGAGUCUGGAGCUCGGCACUUCAGCCCCGGGCAAGAAUGAGGGAGAGGCGUCACGUAACUCCAUGUCGUUAUCGGAGCGUGCUGUGCGUUACUGUAACAUUAACCUGCCAGACGGGUCCUGUUGCUCAGUACCUAUAAGACCCGGCGUGUCCAUCCGUGAGGUUUUGCUGGGCCUGUGUGAGAAACUCUGCAUCAACCUGGCAGCUGUGGACCUUUUCCUGGUGGGAGGAGAGAAGCCUUUAGUAUUAGACCAGGACUGCAUGACGCUGUGUUCCAGAGACCUGCGACUAGAAAAACGUACAUUAUUCAGGCUAGAUCUGGUGCCCAUAAACCGCUCUGUAGGGCUGAAAGCUAAACCCACCAAGCCUGUGACUGAGGUGCUGAGGCCAGUCGUGGCUAAAUAUGGCCUGCACUUAGGAGACCUGGUAGCCAGGAUUAGUGGGGAGAAGGAGCCACUUGAUCUAGGCCUGCCUAUUUCCAACCUGGAUGGACUCAGAGUGGUGCUGGAGGUAGCUGAACAUGGUGCAGCAAAAGACAAACAGAAACUGACCUUGACUAAAAGCCAUGGCCCGCCGCUGUCCACACGAAGCCAGUCUGCUUCAGCGGAGGACAGAUCAUCAGGAAAAGCUACGACUGUCAAAACCAGGGCCCAGAUGGAAAAGCGAAAACAGAAAAAGCUUAAUAUAGAUGAAGCUGAAGAAUUCUUCGAGCUCAUAUCCAAAGCACAGAGCAACCGAGCUGACGACCAGCGGGGUCUGCUGAACAAAUCUGACCUAGUCUUACCUGACUUCCUGCGCCUUGAUCCUGACACGAGUCCUGGAGACGUCCCCAUCAGCUCCAACCCUAAUCCCUGCAAGCCCCGUCCACGUUCCAAAGAGAACGGCUCUGCCCUCAGCGCCAGCCACCAGACACAGAGCUUGGAUUCGGGCGUGGAAGGGACAGGUGGCCGGAGAUCCUUCAUGCCACUCCAUAGGAACCCCGCUCCCCGUAAACAGGCGACAUUUGGCCCCACUCUCUCACCCAUCUCACAUAGUCAUGGCAAUUGGAAGCGAGACAGUGGGGCCGAGGCACUGGAGGAGGAGGAGCAUGGUACGGACCUGACACUGGUGGGUGAAGGUGAUAUCGCCAUCCCUAACAGCUUGCUCCUCCCUCCAUCCCCUUUGCCCUUCCCUCGCUCCCCAGAACGGCCCCGCCUCCACAGAGAGGACGCUUAUCAGGACAGCUGGGCCCAGCCAGGUACCUCUCCUGUGUGACCUGUGCUUUCCCUCUCACGCACUCCCUUUUCACUGUUCUUCCUGAAGAUCUGCUGUGUGUUUUAUCGAGUGCUGUGGACUUGCUGUCGUUCUUCUCUUUGCCAAACCUCGUCAAAGCCGUGACUCUCCCCUGUAAAUACGUUGCCUUCUAAGAGCACUUUACUGAACUAUUGGAAAAGAGAAAAAUAUACAGAUGCUAACUAACAAGCUUUCUUUUCUAGAAAGGUUUUUUUUUUUUUUACAUCCAAUAUCAUUUCAUGACACACCAACAAAUGACAGUACAAACGACAAUACACAGAGUGAUUGUCAGUGAGUGGUUAACUACAACCAUCAUGUUCUCUCUGGGAGUACACAUGCCCUCUCAAUGCCACAAGAUUUAGAAUUAGCAUACAUAAACAUGAAGUGGUGUGAAAAGCAUCAACCAUUGCACCACAUCCCGAUUGACCAACAUGCAAUACAGAUUUACAGUCAUGAGACAUAACACCAUAUUUGUUCUGAGUGAUUUUUUUCAUGAAUGAAGUUCAAUGCAAGCUCUGACUCAUAUCCUUAUAGUAUCUCAACAGCAUCUCUGCUUAUUGUUUAGUUCUCAACAUCUUAAAACAUAUUUUUCAAUAAGUACGGUGAAUCUAAAAGGACAUGUUUGAGAUCUAGGAAUCUUGGGAGUGUAACUACUGGAAACUGUAUAUAAGCCAUGCUGAGAAAUUAGUACAAAUUGACACCCAUGAUACCAUGCUGGCUUCCUGCCUAAUGUCAUGACAGGUUUAAACAUGUGCAGAAUCAGUGACAAAUUCUGUCUUCAUGAGUCAUCAUGAAGCUGUUUUAUCAUGAAUGUAAAUUCCUGACCAAAAGUCUGCAUUAGAGUUAUAACAAUAGGGAGUCUCAGAAUCAAGUUUAGUCACCAAAUUCCUGACUUAAUGACUUUAAUGUUUCACCAUAACAAAGAAAACAACUGUUUUAGAGCUUAAUACUUCGUAACUCCUUACUUUUCUCAAUACAGUCUAGUUUAACUAGCCAACCUGUACUAUAUUGACAUCUUUUCCCAAUGGUGGUACAAUGCAUUAGAAAGAUACUGUCAAUAUUUGUAUGAACGAGCAUCGCAGAAACAUCGCCUAAACAUGAAAUAUGAACAUCGAGGUACAAUUUAUAACUACUGUUCCACUUUGCCUCCCUGAUGAUCACAUAGCUGACUGCAAUUUCCAAACAAGAAGAAACUUGUUCAUGUCAUAGUCAUUACUCAUCCUGCAGAUCGACAUGAGCCUUCAGCUCAGUGUGAAACGUAACCAAUAGCGUUAGUCGUUAGGAAUCUGUUCAUGUGAUAAAAUCAUGUUUGUCGCACCUUUAAGAGGUGAGAUAUGACCAAAUAUAUUUCCUAAAUCUUAGACAGACAGACAGACACACACACACACACAGAGACAGUGUUGUGAAAAUCUGAAUAUUCCAUUGAAUUCUUAAUGCUUUCGAGAUCUUAGAUUUCCAGUGUGCCAUUUCUUUACACUCAUCCAGAAAUCCGUUGUUUUUUUCCAAAAAGCAAUUCAACAAUGUUUACACAGUUAACAUCCACUCUCUUCUCUUGCAUAUAGUAUUAUGUAAUAUAAUCCCUACAACCUUAAUUUAUCCAGUUUGUGUGCAAAGUAUGUUUUACUAAAUGACAAAGAAAUACUAACUGUGUACAGGUUUUUGCUUGUAUUCGAGAAACCAGCGUUGUUGAAUUGUCUGCUAUUUUGCUGUAGACGCUGAGAUCCCAUCACAUUUUCUGUAGCAGUUUUGUUGAGAUGACGAUCCAUUCCAUAUCUCUACAUUUCUGUAUAUACAGUGAAAUAAAUGUUAGAGCGACAUCUUUA